AUGUCAGUUUUGACAAAAAAGUUAACUGAAUCAAAAUGGUUGGCGAUAUCCAAUCUACCUCGGACAGUUACGAAAGAAACGAUUAAGAAAUAUUUCCAAAGAUACGGUUGUAUUCAAUCAAUUCAUAUCGAUAGUCAACGAUUCGCUUUCAUCAAGUUUUCUAGUCGGCACUCAGCAUCGAAAGCACAUCACGCAGAAAAUAUUCUCGAUAACCAACCAGUACGAACUGCAUUUCAUGAUGGUUCAAGCACUGUCCCAGAAAUUCUUCUCAAUAAACCAUCUUCAUUAACUUCAUCAAUUAUUAAACCAUCGGCGCCAUCUCCUUCGAGUAUAAACUUCUCGAAUAAGGCAAUAACAAUGGUUCAUGACGAACGGAAUAAACGCACGUCACGAUCUAUAAGUAGUCCUGAAGAAAAUACUCGACAUCAAGUUGUGCCUAUAGAACGUGACCUGAAACGAAGAUUAAUACCCGGAACUAAUUCGAAAGAAACAACUCCUACGUGUGAGUCCAAAAAGUACCAGCGACACUCAGUAUACGAGGAACAAAUAUUCAGACAAUCGAAAACGCGCAUACUGAAAAUCUACCAAUUACCAUCAACAUUAUCAAAUGAAACCUUACGGGAAAAACUUCGAAAGAUCUUCACUAGUUUCAAAAACCCUUCGCACCUAUUAACAAUCAGAAUUGUCAAUGAUUACGCUCUGUUGACAUUUCAGGAACCUCAAGAUGUUGACAAAGCUUUGUUAUAUGUGAUAACCAAAUCCAUCAACGGAAUACGACUAAAAGCGGAACCGUAUAACAAUCUGAUCACGGACAAUGAGAUGAGCAAUACAUUCAUCUAUUCAGAUAUUGAUGAGUAUUCAUCAAAAUCAACACGGACUUUGUUCAUACGAAACCUUCCGACAGAGAUAUCUUAUCAUGAAUUACGUGAAAUAUGUAUGGAAUACGGCGAAAUUAUUGAUGUCAACAUCAAACGAAAUUCUCAGACACAAGCCUUUGCCUCGAUUCAAUAUACUUCGAUCAAAAGUGUCGUUAGCGCAAUAAAGAUCUUAGAACGUAAACUUAUUUACGGUCGUUCACUUCAGCUCAAUUUCGGUAAGAGUCAAAUAACCAACGUUCUCUGGCUUGAUGAAUUACCUGGAGAUAUCACCGAAGCUAAUAUGCGUGAAUUUCUCCAUCGCGUAACAAGUUUUCCGCCGAAAAAGUUCAAAGAUAUUUAUAUUGAUUAUCGACAUGAGCAGAAAUAUACAUCCGAGCAAUGUUUGGUGUAUUGUAUUGAUUCUGUCACUGCGCAGAGUGCAAUCGAUUUGAUUCGUGGACAGAUAUUUGAUGGCAAACGUUUACAAGUCGAUUUUGCGAGCUCCUUAUUUAUUGAACAGUUUGCGGAUCUGAUUCGACAGACGAAUGAAAAGAAAAAUAAUUCACAGCGAACUUAUCCAUUGGAUCGUCGGUACUCCAAAAUCUCUGAUUCAGAUUCGUCAAUCAUUCCCUCAAAUCUUACGUCAUCCAAUCCGUACCAUUCACCAUCUUCAGAUCAGACAUUCAUCGAACAGACGAAGGUGACUAAAUCCGAGCCAAAUAAUAUCGAACGAAUUUUCGAUUGGCUUAUGGUGAAUGAAACGCAGUCCGAUUCGAAAGAAUUUCACGUCAAAAAACAAGCCUCCGUUCUUCAAUCAAAUCAAGUUGUUUUUCGAACGAGAAACAUUCCGUUAGAAUCCGAUCGAUCACUUAUUCAAUCUGAUAUUCGCUUGAAAGUCUACGCAUCUAUGACUGAUCAGUUUCCCAAGCCCAUACAUCUGCCAUUUCCAGAAUUUGCCAAAACGUUAAUGAAAUCGUCAUCCAGAGCAAUGAUACUCAAUCCGAAAGCUCACCUCAGACAUCUAUCUGCUGAACUGAAUAAUAAUAACGAAGAUCUGCCAUUGCCGAAAGAACUGGACGAACGAAUUAGACGAUUGGAUCAACGAAUUGGAGAAGUUAAUCAACAAAAUUCAUUUUUCUCCUCAGUAGAGCGAUUGCCAACGAAUAUUCUUUCAAAAGAUCAACAAAAGUCAUCAACGGAACCAUCCUCACCAAUUAGCACAACAUCAACUCAAGCAAAACAAACAUCAGAAUCGCGUGGUGUCACUUUCCAACAAUCAAUUCCAAUACCAGUUAUUAACAAUCAGCCGACAAUGUCUGAAACACAAAUCAAUUCAUCAUUGAAACUUCCGUAUCGACUCAGUUCAUCCUUUACACUGAAAGCUAAGCCAAAUCCUCCAUCAGUAUCUGUGAUCACGAACAAUUCACUCAAAUUACCUAUUCCCAGUUCAGUAACUCCGCAGUCAUUAGUUCUGAAAUCGAUAUUGAAAAAACCAUCGGCCACAACGCGUGAAACGCGUAAGGCAGUUCAGAUUGUGUCAACACAUUCUUCACCCACACCGAAUAAGACACGAAUAUCCGUCCAAAACGAAAAGAAAAGUACUCCUCCGAUUGUCAAAGAACCGAAUAAAAGUCAAAUUCAACCGAGAGAAUCAUGCGAACAAUUACCUAUCUCAUCGAAGCAUACGAAUAUACCCUCUCUAAGCAAAAUUCCGAAAAAAGCCAACGUAACACCAGCAGAUGUAACAAAACCCAAAGUUUCCAAAGAAACCCUACAGUCAUCCGCCAAUACUCAAACAGCAAUCAAAUCUUCAAAGAUGAUGGAAAGUGCACAUGAAUCUAUGAAAACUUCUGUAUUAACACCGAUAAAGAAAACCACUUCGUUACAUGAUGAAAACCGGCAAGAGAAGAAAAAGCUUCUCAUACCAAUGAAGAGUGUUGGAAAAACUAUCAAGAAAUCCAUGUUGAAAUCAAGUGUAUCCAUGUAUGACCGGAUCAAACGUCGUUCACAAAACGACUUGCUUCUAAUAAACACGUCGUCGACAAAAACUAGUCAUUCAAGCGAUAAAAACAAAGAUUUAAAGACUACUUCACGUUUAAAGCGAUGCAAUCCAAUACCCGAAUCAUCCGAGUCAGACGACGAUGUACCAUCGAAAGUGGAAACUAAACAAGAUCAUCAUUUUGGCAGUGCUACAUCUCAACCAGAAGAGCGUCAAAAUCAACAUAAUUGUCAAACGAUCCUUGAAGUGAAAGAAUUAUCCACGGAAAGCGUCUCAAACAAACGUGCAUUGGAAUCUGAAAUAGAUACGCCAUUAAAAAAACAGAAAAUUGAACCGGAUGAUAUUUUAAUUAUUGAAGAAGGACGAGUCCCUAAUCUAUCGAAUUCACCAAAGAGUUUACCAGUUGCUGUAAUCGAUUUAAUUCCUAAUAGUCCUCCUGAAGAAAUCAAAGUUGAUGAUCAAAGUAUAGAUUUAACGAUAGAAGAACCAAAUGACACCACCGAUUCGAAUCAUGAAGAACACAUCACUGUUGAUUCUCUGUGUGUACCAGAUGCUGUUGAGCAAGAUGUUCACAUCAAAAAUCAAUCACCUCACCUACUUACAGAAACACUAUCGUCACAAGAUCCUUCGAUUUCUAAUUCAUUAUCAGUUUCAUCUGAAAACCAAUCGAAAUUAGCAUCACCUAAUAUUACUGAUGAAUAUCCGAUUGAUAAGAUUCAUGCAUCAACCGCAGCUACUUCAUCAGUUGUACCGACUGAACUAUCAAAGCAAUUUGAUCCUCAAACGAGUACUGAUCGAAAUCAUUCAUCCACAUCUGUACGUUUGAUUUCACCAAUAUUCACACCCACCGAACGCUUGUUUUCUCCUUAUCAACAACAUUUCCCAUAUCCACCAUUUAUAUCGUCCAUGCCAGAUUCGCCUCCGCUAUCUGCAAAAGUACCAUCUAUAAGCAACAAUAACGCGAUGCUACCGGAACAACAGUAUUAUUUUGGGAAAGAAUACAAACGAAAUUCCAUCGCAAAGUUUCCUAUUCUUCCAAUAAAUCUUUCACCGACUUCUCAUCCAGGAUAUCUUCGAUCAAAUUCUCUCAAUCUAUUUCAAAACACACCCUCACCCUAUGAAUACUCUCUCCAUACUCCAUCAAUGUACAAUUCCUUCUCACACUUCGACCAUAUUUACUGGGACGGAUACGUGACUCUCAAAACCGUUCAAGCGUUCGUCAGGACUCAAUUCAUUGCUGGCAAUCCUCAAAUUUCUCGUAUUUCGAUCAAUUAUUGGAAUACGGAUUUGAAUCAUCACUUGCGCAUCUCACAACGGAUGCGUUUAGAGAAAAGUCAACUCGAUGGCGUUCAUCAACAUAUGCAAAUCGACAGCGACUAUUGCAUUUUACUCGGCGAGGCGAAUGGUUCCACCUCCGAUGAGAUUCGUUCCGAACAAAAUCACUUAAAAUCCGGUCUCAUUCAAUAUUUGAAUGAAAAACAAGCUGCUGGAAUUGUUAAUAUCUCUCUUCCUGGUAUUGUACAACCUGUUUACGUUGUUCACAUCUUUCCACCGUGUCAAUUCGCGUCGGAAUUGUUACAAAAACGUGCGCCCGAUGCGUAUCGUUACGUUAUUCAAAAUAAUCUCGAACGAAUCUAUUUGUUAUUUGUUAUCACUACAACAAUUUAA